AUGACGCCAUUGCUCUGGCAGCCUCUCCCCCAGCAGUGCCUGCCUGCCCACCACCGCCGAGGCUGCCACCGACUGGGCCCUGGGGUCAUUUUUGUGUCUCCUCCUCUGACAGUGUCAGGGGAUGUGGUCCACACCCCACACCCCCCAGUGACACCACUGGUUACCCCUGGGGGUGGGAAGGAAGAGCAGGCCGCCGCCACAGGCGCGCCUAUCGAGCUCCGAGCUGACAAUAGUAAUGGCAGCCCCAGUAAUGUGAGGGCCUGUGGAGGCCCACAGCCUUGGCCCAUGGACCUGAUAGGCCUGUGGGGCACCGCCGUGGCUUCCCUGGAUGACCCAGGCGAAGUGAGGGAGGGCUUCCUCUGCCCUCUGUGCCUGAAGGACCUGCAGUCUUUCUAUCAGCUUCAGUCACAUUACGAGGAAGAGCACUCAGGGGAAGAUCGUUAUGUCAACAGACAAAUUAGAAGUCUUGUCCAGAAGGCUAAGAAAGCAAAGAAUAGGUUGCUGAAAUGAAAAGUUGAUGACCAAGCAGAAUCAGGGACCCAAGGAUGUGAGUCUUUCAGCUACGGAGGGGUUGAUCCGUACAUGUGGGAGCCCCAGGAACUUGGUGCUGUGAGAAGCCAUCUUUCGAAUAUUAAAAAAUACCAAACUGCCAGAACUGACCACUCUGUUGUGAAAGUCAGUAAAUUAAUAAUCAGGUUAGAGAAGCCCACUGCAUUUGACAGAACGAAUGCCGAGUCAGCUAAGAUUCAAGCAAUAGAAAAGGCUAUGGUGCCUUGGGUCAACAACCAGGACGUCCCUUUCUGUCCAGACUGUGGAAAUAAGUCCAGCAUCCGUAACCACCACCACAACUGCCGCCUUUGCAGGCCUAUCAUGUGCAAGAAGUGCAUGGAGCUCAGCAGCCUUCCCCUGGCAAACAAGCUCACCAGUUCCAGCGAGGACUGCCUGAAUGCCCACGCCAGCCCCAGCCAGUCACCCACCAGUGUCCAUGGCUCCCAUUGGAGCAGCAUCAGCAAUGUGAGCAGUGUGAGCUCUGUGCUAGAUAGGAAGGAUGACAACCACAUCCACUGCUGCACAAACUGCAAGGACAUGGUGCUCAAGAGAGAGCAGCAGAUCGACCAGAAGGAGCACACCCCUGACAUCAUGAAGAUCUACGAGAAAUUAAGACUUUGCAUGGAGAAAUUUGACCAGAAAGCUCCUGAAUACAACAGGACAGCCACACCAUUAAAUUUGGUGAGUAGCGCCUGAGGUCUUAAAAGCUUGCAAGCAGCCAUCUAAGAUAUAACUACUAGUCUCUACUCAUCUGGAGCAAAAGAGAAAGAAGGAAAUAAAAGGCUCAGAGAAGAAACUAGUCUGUAGGACUAAUAGUCUACACAAACCAUGGCCUUAUCUACCCUGAGAUGAGAAGAACUAGAUGGUGUGCAGCAACCACUACUGACUGUUCUGAUCAGGGCCACAAAAAAUGGAUUCUGACAGAAUGAAAGAAAAAUGUAGAACAGAACUCAAAUUCUUAAAAAGUCCAGAUUACUGAACCAGUUGAGACUAGAGGAACCCCUGAGAAUAUCACCCUGAGAUAGUCUUUAAACUUUGAAUUGAAACUACUCCCAGAGGUCACCUUUCAGCUAAAUAACAGAUUGGCUCAUAAUAUUAAGAAUAUUACCCCGUGACCACUGUCUCAGGCUGGGGUCUCUAGAGAAACAAAAGCAGUGAAGCCUAUGUGUAAAUAUACAGAAAGAGAUUUCUUUCAAGGGAAUGGCUCACGCAAUUGUGGAAGCUGGCAAGUCCCAAAACCAUGCAUCAGGUGGAAGGCUGGAGGCUUCCCCAACUCUUGUGGUUGUAUGGGUUGAUGAACUCAACAGCAGGUCAGGCAGCAGACUAAAGGCUUCUCAUGUCCCAAGAACCAGUGGUCAGAGGAUGGCGAGAUAAAUGCAGGAUCAAGAUAGAGCGAGCUUAGCCAAAACACUUGUUUAUAUGACAAAUGCAGGCCAAUCAAGGAAAUUCCCCUUCCAACUGAUUGGCUGCUCACAUCAGAUCACAAAA